AUGAACUGGUUGGGUUAUUGCUUGCAACAUAUUAUGGCAUCCCGAAGAGCUCUCCACUUCGUUUUCAAAAUUGGCGACAGGAAACGUAGUAUUGAUUUUCUGAAGGAUGUUUUGGGAAUGACGGUACUGCGCCAUGAAGAGUUUGCAGAAGGAUGCAAGGCUUUUUGUAACGGACCUUAUGACGGAAAAUGGAGCAAAACUAUGAUUGGUUACGGUCCGGAGGACAAUCACUUCGUACUGGAACUCACGUACAAUUAUGGCAUCGGCUCUUACAAAAUGGGAAAUGACUUUCAGUAUAUUCAAAUCGAUCAGCCCGAGGCGUUUAGCCGUUUGAAGAGUGGAUCGUGGCCCAUCAUCUCUUCGUCAACCGAGUGUGUGGAAACAGAAAUGCCUGGUGGCUAUCGCUUUCGCAUUUACAAUCGUGAACCAAACGGUGACCCGGUCAAAUUGGUUGCUUUGUCCUCUUCUGUACUACAACGUAAUCCCCUCCGAUCUGCUUAUUUUAUAGACUACUGGUCAAGAAAGUGUGGAAUGCAAUUGUUAUCUUCUACAGAUACAGAGGCAACUUUAUGCUUUGAUCCAGCGCAGUGUCACCUGAAAUUGGUUGCUAUUAACCAACUUGUGGAUCACGCAAGUGCGUUUGGUCGAAUCGCUUUUGCAUGUCCCAAGAAACAGGUUUGCUUGGAUUUGAUGGAGUUGCAGAGCCUUAUGGACGCGGAAAAAGAAACCAUCUUGAAGCGUCUGGUCAGUCUAGAUACACCCGGGAAAGCCACAGUUGAGGUUAUCAUUCUCGCGGAUCCUGAUGGCCAUGAAAUUUGCUUUGUUGGUGAUGAAGCAUUCCGGCAGUUAUCCCAGAUGGAUCCGAAUGCUGACAAACUUCUCCUUGAUGCCAUUCAGUUGGACAAAAGCGACGAUUGGUUCCGUAAACAUGGUGGCAAGGCUACCCAGUAGAUGAUCGCCCGCAAAACUCGCUCGUGAUACUAUCUUUCUCUAAUCAACUUACCAUACAUAGGCUUGAUUACUACUUUUGAUAUUGAUCGACACAAUCUUUUCAAAAAAGUUGAAUACAUUUGUUUAUUUUUC